CGGCAGCAUCACCGCGCGCUCUGCCUCCGUUACCUCCACGCGAGCCGCAGCGAUUCGCUCUUUCAGCAGCUGAUGCUCGUUCCUCACUGAGUCAACAACAAGACAACAGCUAUUUUCCUGUAAUAACCUGACCAGGGCAUGAACGUGGGAUUCUUAUUCAACUGAAUUUCGGAUUUAAAGCGGAAGAGAGGAGAGCGUUUGUUCCCUGGACAUCAUUUGAAGUCAUGCCAGUUCCAGAUCAGCCUGCUGAGAUGGAGAAUGCCACCAUGCUCAGCCCAGGACUGAACGCUUCCAAUGGUGACGGAGCCGAAUCGGAGACCACCUCUGCAAUCCUGGCCUCCGUCAAGGAGCAGGAAAUCCAAUUUGAAAGAUUAACUCGGGAGCUGGAGGCAGAGCGUCAGAUAGUGGCGACUCAGUUGGAGCGAUGCAAACUGGGGUCUGAGGCAGGUGGCAGUAUGAGCAGCAUCAGUUCAGCCGAUGAGCAGUUUCGCUGGAAUACCCAAGAUGGACAGAAAGACAUCGAGGAUGAGCUAAACACAGGUCUGGAGCUGGUGGAUUCGUGUAUCCGCUCCCUGCAGGAGUCCGGGAUCUUGGAUCAUCAGGAAUACGUCACAACUGAUAGACCGAGUCUGCUCUCUCAGAGCUCACUGCAGCUCAGCUCGAACCCAGAGGGCUCCCUCCAGUACUCCGCCAGCUACCACAGUAAUCAGACCCUGGCCCUGAGCGACUGCUUGUCCGCACCGCAAUCCCAGAAGCCUCAGCCCCCUCCACGCUCCAGCGGCCAGCCCGGAGGAGCCGUACACAGCUACAACCAGGUGACAUCUAACCGUGCAGCCCAGUUAGCUGCGGGUGACUCCUCUCAGAGCCAUGGCGCUGGCCUGUCCGACUCCCAGCAUUCGUCUGCAGCGUCCGGCCCGGGCCUGUACUACUCCAGCUCUACUCUGCCUGCCCAGCGCAUCAGCUCGCCCCUGAACUCAAUGCAGUCCACAGCGGCCAGCGGAUCCCCAACCAAACUGCAGCGUCUGGGUUCAGCGUCCGAUACACCUGGCUACGCAACCACCCAGCGCCUGCCCUCCUCAUCCUCCUCAGCCUCCCCCAAACCUUCUCCCGGUCGGCUCGCCAAAUCCUACAGCAGCAGCUCACCAAUCAAUGCGGUGGGCAUCGGAGGAUCGCCUGCUACUCACGCUUCAGGCUCCCCUCACCGUUUAGCUUCUCCGCCCAAUAACGCAUCGCCAAUUUAUCAGCAGCUGCAGACCACAGGAGUGGCUUCAUACGCCACGCUUUCACCCACCAAAAGGCUGGUGCAUUCAUCUGAGCAGUACAAGAUAUCCCACGAACUCUACGCAACUGCCACUUUACAGAGACCAGGCAGCCUUGCUGGAUCUCGAGGUUCAUACAGUAAUCAGCACGCACACCUGGGGCCUGAACUGAGGCCUCUGCAGUCUCCCGAGCAUCACAUUGAACCCAUAUAUGAGGACAGAGUCUACCAGAAAGUCCCCAUGAGGAGCCUGAGCCAGAGCCAGGGAGAAACCCUCCCUCCGGCCCAUACAGGAACAUACAGGAAUAACACAGCCCCGUCCUCCCCUGGUGUUGACUCCGUACCCUUGCAGCGAACAGCAAGCCAGAAUGCCACAGGAACAUUUCCCCGAGGCGGAUAUGCGUCUGGCCAGAGCGCCAAUUACACGGAUACUUACCGCACGCUGCCGUACUGCUCAUCGGUGGAAUCUCCUUACAGCAAAUCCGGCCCGGCACUGCCACCCGAGGGCAACCUGGCACGCUCACCAUCCAUCGACAGCAUUCAGAAGGAUCCCAGGGAGUUCGGCUGGAGAGAUCCUGAAUUACCUGAAGUCAUUCAGAUGCUGCAGCACCAGUUUCCCUCAGUUCAGUCCAAUGCGGCGGCAUAUUUGCAACAUCUAUGCUUCGGAGACAACAAGAUUAAAGCUGAGAUACGGAGGCAGGGUGGCAUUCAGUUGCUGGUGGAUCUGCUGGAUCACAGGAUGGCUGAAGUUCAUAGAAGCGCCUGCGGUGCCCUGCGGAACCUUGUUUACGGCAAGGCCAACGAUGAUAAUAAAAUCGCUCUGAAGAACUGUGGAGGAAUCCCUGCGCUCGUCCGUCUGCUCCGCAAAACCUCUGAUGUGGAAGUUAGAGAACUGGUCACAGGUGUGUUGUGGAACCUGUCCUCAUGUGAUGCUCUGAAGAUGCCUAUAAUUCAGGACGCUCUAGCUGUCUUGACCAACACCGUGAUUAUACCCCAUUCCACCUGGGAUGUGUCCCCACAUCAGGAGGACCGCAAGCUGCAAAUGCACACCUCCCAAGUACUCCGCAAUGCCACCGGCUGCCUGAGGAAUGUGAGUUCAGCAGGAGAAGAGGCUCGGCGGCGGAUGAGAGAAUGUGAGGGUCUGACUGACACGCUGCUUUUCGUCAUUCAGACUUCCCUCGGAAGCAGUGAGAUUGAUAGCAAGACCAUCGAAAACUGUGUUUGUAUUUUGAGGAACCUCUCGUAUCGGCUCGCAGCUGAAACGUCUCAGGGACAGCAGAUGGGGACGGACGAGCUGGACGGCCUCCUGUGUAGCGACGCCAGCGGGAAGGACGGAGAGACCUCGGGCUGCUGGGGGAAGAAGAAGAAGAAGAAGAAGUCCCAGGACCAGUGGGAUGGUGUGGGACCCCUGCCGGACACUGCUGAGCCUCCCAAGGGGAUUCAGAUGCUGUGGCACCCCUCAAUAGUGAAGCCCUACCUCACCCUGUUGUCUGAGUGCUCAAACCCGGACACACUGGAGGGGGCCGCCGGGGCCCUGCAGAACCUUGCAGCCGGGAGCUGGAAGUGGUCGGUGUACAUCCGUGCGGCAGUGAGGAAAGAGAAAGGUCUGCCGAUCCUUGUGGAGCUACUUAGGAUCGACAACGAUCGUGUUGUGUGUGCUGUUGCCACCGCUCUCCGAAACAUGGCCCUGGACGUCAGAAAUAAAGAGUUAAUCGGUAAAUAUGCCAUGCGAGAUCUGGUGCACAGGCUUCCAGGGGGGAACAAUGCUAGCGCAAACAGCGGGGGAACAUCGAACAGCACAGCGGGUAAAACCAUGUGCGAUGACACCGUUACGGCUAUAUGCUGCGCUCUACACGAGGUUAUCACCAAGAACAUGGAGAACGCCAAGGCCUUACGGGACGCUGGUGGAAUCGAGAAGCUCAUCGGUAUUGCUAGGAGUAAAGGAGACAAACACUCACCUAAAGUGGUGAAGGCAGCAUCUCAGGUCCUCAGUAGCAUGUGGCAGUACAGAGAUCUCCGGAGCCUUUAUAAGAAGGACGGCUACUCACAGUAUCACUUUGUUGGCUCUGCCUCAACAAUAGAGAGAGACAGGCAGAGGCCGUACUCGUCCUCACGCACCCCUUCAGUAUCGCCGGUCCGGACGUCCCCAAACAACCGAUCGGCCAGCGCUCCUGCUUCACCCAGAGAGAUGAUCAGCCUCAAGGACAGGAAGAGCGAAUUCGACUCCAUUGGAAGCAAUGCUACUUAUCAUGCAAAUAAAGGAGAACACACUGCCAGAAAGGACACAAUGGCAGUUCAAACCUCCUGUGGAACAUCCACAUUGUUCCGGAACUCGUAUGAGACUUCAAAUGACGAGAUCAAACACAACCAGGUCCCAGUGCCACCCAUCCCGCAGGAGCCCCCGCUCAAGGACUACGAGCCGUACCCCAUCUCAAACUCCACUAGGAACUUUGAGGAACCAUUUUUUGAGGAUCAGGUCCAUCGCCCCCCGCCCGCCACCGAUCUCAAUAUGCACCUGGGACUCAAAUCCACCGGAAAUUAUGUGGAUUUUUACUCGGCCGCUCGGCCCUACAGCGAACUCAACUAUGAAACCAGCCACUACCCCGCGUCCCCCGACUCUUGGGUUUAAACGUAGAGGCCGCAAAACUGCAUGUGCAUGAGUAUCACAAAACAUUUUUCAGCAAGUUUUGUUAGUCUAAGCUGGUUCCGUGAGCGUUAAAAAAAAAAGAAAAGAGAAAGCGUGAGGGAGAAAAGAAGGCCUUGACAGAGACAGAAAGAAUGCGCGAGAGAUGAGAGCGAGCACAUGCUUUAAAGAGAAGCAAAAGCCUAACCUUUGGAGUAGAAAGUAGGUUUGUAUUGAAAGCUAUUUGAAAAGUGUGGAAGAGAAAAAGAAGUAGGAAGGUAAGGAAUGUGAGCACAACAAAACCAAGUUUGUAGAAACGAGCUACGGGAGCAGCUUUUCACCCUUUUUUUUCCCCAAAUGUUCUUUUCAGUCAGUGAAUAAUUUUUUCCACAUUAUUUCCAUCUAUUUUUUAAGUUUAUGUAAAGUAUUUGGUGUACAUUAAAAGAUGUGCAUUGUGUAAAUUUACACAAGACCACGCAGUUCUUCCCGUGGCUUUUACAGUACAAGGAAAAGACAAAAAAAAAAAAAACAAGCAAAAUGCAUCAACGUUGAGUGUUCAUCUCCCAAAAUUACAUGCGAAGAGAAAGGAUGUGCGUGCCAGUAUUGUUGAUUCUGAAAAUGUGAAUAUGUUUGUGGCAACUAAAACAAAAGCAGAUGAAGACCGGAGCGUCAUUUCACUCUCCUUCUCUCGUCGACAAAGUGCUUUCUCACUGCCUACAGAAAUAGAUGUAGAUUUUUGACAUUUUUUUCAAAUUCACUUUUUUUUUCUGGAUGACUCAAGUGUGGAAUAAAAAUAAAUGUGGCUGCUUAUCAUCCACGUUUGCGGGAAAACUGUCCGUUUUAGACCUCGAUCUCGGUUUUCUGUGCGAACUGACUGUGCCAAAUCUCUUCGAUCAGCACUGGAGACAUUUAUAAGUUGUUCGGUUCGAUUUGUACCUGCGUUUUUUUGUUUUGUUUUUCUUCUUCCGUUCAUAAGUGUAUUUAACUGGAAUUAAGCGACGUCUAGAAAACACUGGAAUACUACCAGGAGGGCAAAACUUAACUUUGCAAGCUUAAUUCCCUCCAAAGAUGUACAAAAAAAAGCCCUGUCUCUCAAUGUUUAGUUGAGUGUGUGCUGUAUGUCGAUCAGUGUUUAAUAUGAGAGGCUUUGUUUCUGACGGUUUGGCUUCUGCUGUUUGACUCGACGACAUGAUGAUAAUGAACACUGAGAUGUUAAUAGAGAAUGAUAAAUAUAUAAAUAUGAAUAUAAAUAUAGAUCUAUAUAAUUUUUAUGUGCAGAUGUCAGUGUCACUGAAAGCAACAAACCAGAAAAGACUUGUACAAAAAAAAAAGAAUAAGCAAAACAAUUCUGUUUACCUUCAUGUCCGACUGAGAAAAGAGAAAAUGAAACUUGAAAUGUUGACCUGGUCCCAGUUGUGUUCUUACCAAGCUACAUGAAUAAUCACGCUGGAUUUGGAUGAUGUUCUGAUGUCAGGACAAUAAAUUAAUCUUUGCGA